AUGACCAAGUGGCUGAUAGACUCCAAGGUGGAGGACAUACACAAGAAAAUGCCCUGGAGGGAUGGAGACGACGACGGGAGGAAGGAGCAGCAACAGGCCGACUCCGUCGUGGACGACCUCGGACAAAUGUUCGGCUCGCGCCCGGAGGAGGAAGUAGAACAAGUCACAGAGCGAAAGGAGACAGAGGCGGCCCUCAAGAAGUCGCGCAAGGUGGCGGCCUCGCUACGAAGCAAGUACAAGCUAGGAAGUGGCGAGGGCCAGCCCAAAACGGAAGACCAAAGGCAGGAGGAGAAGAGGAAGACCCAGGAGAAGCUGGAGCAGAGCCGCAGCAUGCGCGACAAGAUGCGAUCCAAGUACCAGAGAGGCUGA